ACUUCCGCCGCUGCAUUUAAGAAUGGCGGCGAGCUCAGGCAGCGCUGGUGACUGGUGUUUAAUUGAAAGCGACCCUGGAGUCUUUACUGAAUUAAUCAAAGGAUUUGGUGUGAAAGGGGUCCAAGUGGAAGAGCUAUGGAGCUUAGAUCGCGAGAGUUUUGAUAAGCUCAAGCCUGUUCAUGGCCUCAUAUUUCUCUUCAAGUGGUACAAGAACGAUGAACCAAGUGGCUCCAUUGUGCAAGACAACCGUCUGGAGAAAAUAUUUUUUGCAAAGCAGGUCAUCAAUAAUGCCUGUGCUACACAGGCAAUACUAAGUGUCCUCCUUAAUGUCAAGCAUCCUGACAUCACUUUGGGUGAGACGUUGAACUCAUUCAAGGAUUUUUGUCAGAGCUUCGAUGCUACGAUGAAAGGCCUUACCUUGAGCAACUCUGACGUUAUACGAGAAGUGCACAACAGCUUUUCAAGGCAGCAGAUGUUUGAGUUUGAUAUAAAGCAAAGCUCAAAGGAUGAUGAUGUUUAUCACUUCAUUGGAUAUGUGCCAAUUGACAGCCGCCUCUAUGAACUGGAUGGUCUGAAAGAAGGGCCCAUUGACCUCGGUCCAAUUCCUCAAGGCACAGACUGGCUUGACACUGUCAGGCCAGUCAUUGAAAGCAGGAUAAAACAGUACAACGAAGGUGAAAUUCACUUCAACCUCAUGGCACUUAUCACGGACCGGAAGCUUCUGUACCAAAAGCAGUUGGACAGCAUGAAUGCCCAGUUGUCUUCUGGUGGGAUGGAAACUGACGAUGUCCAGUCUGAGAUAAGCAAGCUCCACAUGCUCAUCCAAGAAGAAGAGAACAAGUGUAAGCGGUACAAGGUGGAGAACAUCAGACGGAAGCACAACUAUUUGCCACUCAUCAUGGAGAUUCUGAAAAUCCUGUCAGAAGAGAAGAAGCUUGUGCCUCUAGUAGAAAAGGUUGGUGAAUGGCAAGGGAAAAAGCCUUAGAGAAGAAAAAACAGGGUGAAAAAAUGAAGUAAAUGAUACUGCUUUAGGUCUGAA